AUGUCUAUCACAUAGCAAUUUAACAGAUAGAUCGUCUUUGUUUCCCAAAAAAAAAUAUCAUGAUACGAAGCCAAUCAUAUUGCUUCCUUGGUAUUAUUACUAUCUAUUUCUUCUUUUGUCUUCUUUUGUUACCAAACAUCUUUGCUUCUCCCACACGGUACUUGUGCCGCCCCAACCAGAGGGAUGCUCUUUUGGAGUUACAGAAGGAAUUCCAUGUACCAACAACUUCAUGGAACAAGAGCGUUGACUGCUGUUCUUGGGAGGGUGUCAAGUGUGAUACCAUCGUGGGAGAGGUGAUAUUUCUAGAACUCCGUUACUGUAAUGCCAACACCUCUUUGAAAUUUAACGGUGGUCUUUUUAAACUCCAACAUCUUCGUCACCUAGAUCUUUCACUUUGCCAUCUCCAAGGGGAGAUUCCUUCUUCCUUUGGAAAUCUUUCUCAUCUCACACAUCUUGAUCUUUUUGGUAAUGAAUUAGUAGGUGAAGUUCCAACUUCAAUCGGUAGCCUAAGCCAACUAAGAAAUCAAUUCACUGGUGGGGAGAUAGUAUUAGCCAAUUUAACCAGCUUGUCCCAUAUAGACCUCUCAUCCAAUCACUUCAAAUCAUCUAUUUCUACUGACCUAAGUGGACUCCGCAACUUAGAGCAAUUUUGGGCGCAUGACAACUUAUUUUUCGGACCUUUUCCCUCGUUCUUGCUCAUGAUUCCUUCGUUAGUCGAUAUUGAUUUAAGCCAAAACCAAUUCGAAGGACCUAUUGAAUUUGGGAAUACCUCUUCAUCAUCUAAGCUUAAAGUGUUAAAUGUUGGCGACAACAAUUUUGAUGGGCUAAUCCCAGAAUCUAUAUCAAAAUUAGUCAAUGUCAUUCAUUUAUAUCUUAAGCAUAACAAUUUAGGAGGACUAGUCCUUAGUUCUAUACUGAACUUACGCAAUCUAGAACGUUUAGAUCUUAGCCAUAACAAUUUCAGAGGACGAAUCCCUAGAUCUAUAUCUAAGUUGGUCAAUCUCCAAUUUUUAGAUCUUAGCUAUAACAAUUUUGGAAGACGAGUGCCUAGAUCUUUAUCUAAGUUAGUCAACCUCAGUGAGCUUGAUCUUUCCUACAAUAAGUUAGAAGACCAAGUACCUUGCUGUUUAUGGAGAUCACCUAAGAUGUAUUCUGUAAAGCUUUCCCAUAACUCUUUCAGUAGCUUCGGAAACUCAGUGGAAGUUAUCAAUGGAAAAUCAUUAAGUUGGUUGGAUCUAAGUUCAAAUUCACUCCAAGGACCAGUUCCACAAUGGAUCUGCGAGUUUACAUUUUUAAAUAACUUAGAUUUGUCCAACAACAAUUUCUCUGGUUUCAUUCCUCAAUGUUUGGAGAGUUUCAGUGUUCUUGAAAAACUAAAUCUGAGAAACAACAUUUUAAGUGGGUUUCUACCAGAUGUGUUUAUCAAAGGCUCUUCGUUACGAUCAAUCGAUGUCAGCCACAACAAUUUGGCGGGAAAACUUCCAAGAUCUUUGAUCAAUUGUGAGUGGAUGGAUUUUCUUAAUGUGAAAGAAAACAAGAUCAAGGAUACAUUUCCGUUGUGGUUGGGUUCUCUCCAAUGUCUAAAUGUUCUUCUGCUCCGAUCAAAUGCAUUCUAUGGUCCGGUCUAUAAUCCCUCUGCCUACUCAGGGUUUCCGGGGCUGCGGAUCAUUGACAUAUCUAAUAACAACUUCGUUGGAUCAUUACCACAGGGCUAUUUUGCCAAUUGGACUACAAUGUCAUUUGUGUGGCAUGGUUACACCAGCCCAGAGAUGAACUAUGUGGGUACUUAUUCUCCUGUGUUUGAUUCGAUGGAUUUGGUGUACAAAGGAGUAGACACAGAUUUCGCUCGCAUCUUUCUUGGCUUCAAAGCUAUUGAUUUUUCUGGAAAUCGAUUCUCUGGACAUAUACCAGAAUCCAUUGGUCUGUUUAGAGAACUGCGCCUUCUUAACUUGUCAGGCAACGCAUUCACGGGCCACAUUCCAUCAUCCUUGGCAAAUAUCACAAGUCUCGAGACGUUAGACCUAUCUCGAAAUAACUUGUCAGGUGAAAUUCCUCGAGGUCUUGGAAAACUCUCGUUUCUGUCCAACAUCAACUUCUCCUACAAUCAUCUUGAAGGAUUAGUGCCUCAGAGCACACAGUUUGGUACUCAAAACUGUUCUUCAUUCAUGGGGAAUCCUGGACUCUAUGCCAUUGAGGAAAUUUGUAGAGAAAGCCAUCAUGUUCCCGUUCCUACCCCAGAGCAAACCGAGGAAUCUUUGUCCAUACCGGAAGAGCCAAUGCUGAAUUGGAUAGCAGCCGCGAUAUCAUUUGGACCUGGUGUGUUUUGUGGAUUAGUGAUUGGACAUAUCUUCACUUCAUACAAACACGAGUGGUUCAUAGCUCACUAAGCCCAUUUCUCUCGCGGUUUCGUCAAGUUUGUACUUCGGUAACUAUCCUAUCCUUGUUAAUUAUUCAUUUCAUGGUUUUCUUAUAAACAUUUGUCAAAGUCAUAAGCUGUAAUGUUCUCAUACAUUUGUGUAAUAUAUGGUCCAUGUCAGUUCCCAUGUAUCUCUGUUAUAAAUAUUUAACAAAGUGUCUUGGAAUACAUGUUUAUUACUCAUUA